GACCGGGGUACAGACGAGAGACAACCUCUGGCCCCCCAGCAGCUGGCCAGCUUGGCAGCCCCAGGCCCGAGCCCCUAACUCCCCUCCCCCGCCCCCAUCCCCUUCCCCAUUGAAGGAGCGGAAAGAGAAGAGAGAAGAGUGAGCAGAGAGAUUGAGAGAUUGAGAGAGAGAGAGAGAUAGACGGAGAUCUCUGGAGCAGACCUCAAGGUGACUUCCAUUUCUAUCUGGUUCACGUCUGGGGGGGCCCUGGCCGGGCAGCCCCCCCACAUCUCUCCUGCCCUGAAACACGGCUCUAGCCAACCUGCUCCGCUGCUUCACCUGCGACCGUCUGUGUGGGGGCUGCACGGCGCCAGCCCCUCCGGCCCGCCAGGGCAUCGUCCUCCAGCCGGUCAUGCCCAGCUGCGAUCCUGGCCCGGGCCCCACCUGCCUCCCCGCCAAGACAUUCCGCAGCUACCUGCCCCGUUGCCACCGCACCUACAGCUGCGUCCACUGCCGCGCACACCUGGCCAAACAUGAUGAGCUUAUUUCCAAGUCUUUCCAAGGGAGCCAUGGCCGAGCCUACCUGUUUAACUCCGUGGUCAACGUGGGCUGCGGACCGGCUGAGCAGCGUCUCCUGCUCACGGGGCUCCACUCGGUAGCUGACAUUUUCUGCGAGAGCUGCAAGACCACCCUGGGCUGGAAGUAUGAGCAGGCUUUUGAGACGAGCCAGAAGUACAAGGAGGGGAAAUACAUCAUUGAAAUGUCACACAUGGUGAAGGACAACGGCUGGGACUGAGGGGCUCAGGCAGGCUGUGCCCUCCCUCCGCAUGCCCACCCUCCCCACACCUGUCCCCUGGCCCUGCCAAGCAGUCCAUACCAGCAUGAGUACUGCCCCACCCCUGGGGGGAACCCAACUCCCACCACCCCUCCCCACCCCUUCCACCUCGUCACUCCUAGGCCCCUUGGGAACAGGGGCCCGGGGUACCCCAGGGGUGUUCAAGGCUCAGGGAGAGACAGAUGGUCGCGGGUCCUUCUAACGCUGAGGUCCUGAGAAUGGAGGUAAUGGCAGGGUAUAAGGCAGGCAGAGGACCGUGGAAGGAUCCGUGUUGGCCCUAACCUCUCUUCUGGGUGAAUGGAGGACAAGCCUUAGACACGGGGCUGGUAGGUCCCAGGCCACGGGAGUAGCAGAUGAGAAGGGGCUGGUGUUGGAGUGAAAUUUUGGCCUCAGACACCGUGAGACACCAGUCUCUGACGGUAAAGCUUCCCACCCCCGUUCGCAGGAGAAAGGAUUCGGGGGUGGAAGGGAAAAAAAAAAUCCCAGAUCCCAAGCCCUGGGAAAUAAAAGAAUCACAGGGGUUUCCAUUUCACUCCACUUGUUUGCUCAUCUUGGCACUAAAGAGGCACUUUCGGAGUAUCUACCCUUCGCCAGUGGGUGGGGUGGGCAAGCUGCUCCUGGGACACCCCCCACCCCGGUCGGCUGCUUCCAGAGCGAGCGGGCUUUCUGGGCAUGCUGAGGCCCAGCCGCUGCUCCCGGGGCCACGGUCCCGUGGAGGGGAGGUGGGACAGCAGUACCACGGGGCCAGGCUUCCUUCGUGGCUGCCACCAGCGAAAGAAACUUUUGUAUGAUACAUAAAGUGUUUGGGUCUAUUUUUAAUAAAAAGGGGAAAAGCAACUGGGA